GUACUGCGUCGUGACGUCACUCGGGCGGCCUGCCCCGAGGAGCUGCAGGCGGAGGAGACCGUGAGGCUGGCCAAUGGAGCCAGAGCUCAUCACUUCGAUGACUUCACAGCGGGGGAUGCCCCUCUCCUCACAGCAGGGGGGGCCCCUUCAAGACCUGGAGGCCGAAUCCCCGGCACCACCCCCUUACCUUGCCCCGCCCCCUUACCCAGACCCGGCCGACAUGAUUGGUCUAGCCGGGUGUGACAUCCCUCCACAAGGUCCGCCUCUGUACCUGGCUUCGUGUAAUAUCACACACAUGGCCCCGCCCCCGUGUGAUGUCACGUUCCUGGCACCUCCCCCGGCACCACCCCUGCACAUGGAGGAGCAGGAGGCUCCAUUGGAUCUUUCAAUGAGCUCCCAGGACAGGGUGACAGAUGAGGCCCUGGAUCUUUCCAGACGGACGUGCAGAUCAUCAACACAUAGGGCCCCUAGUGUGUGGACCAUGCCGGCAGCUCCGGAUCUCGGCUCCAAACCCAUGUCGCUCUCGGUUCCGGACCCCGGCUCUUUGCCGGUGCCGAUUGUGGGGGGCGGCCCCCUCGAGGGUUUCCUGUCGCGCUUGUGCUGCCAGCACCAGCGGCUGCUGCUGGGCCUCCUCCGCUACGCCACCAACUCCCGCGCCGCCAUCGCCGCUGCCGGCGGCGGUCCCGCCGUCGUUCGACAAACGAUCGGCACCGCCGAGGAGCCGGGACCGGCGCCCGGCAGUUCGAGGGAGCCGACCGCCGACCUGGUGAUGACGCCGGCGCUCGGCUGGGGCCCCUCCGGCCUCGCCGGCCUGGCCGGCGGCCCCACGUGCGACGGCGGCGUCGCCGCGCGGCUCUGCGAGGAGGACUCCGGCGGCCGGGCCACGGCGCCGUUCGGCGUGAACGGAGGCGGCGCCGCGCCCAUCCACUUCCAAACACCGGGGCAGCCACCGUGGCUGCCGGUGCAGGCGGUGCAGCCGCUGCGAGCGCGGCAAGCGGAUGCGGGGGGUGCCAGCGAGGCCGGGGCUCGGCCCGUCGACCCGCCGCCGGCGCCUUCCUCUUUCCCGGGCGGCGUCGGCGAGGCGGAAGAGGGGGAGGGGGCGGCCGGUGUCGUCGAGGGGCCGGCGGCGACCACGGAGGAGGAUGGCGCGGAGGGAUCGACGGCGCCCGGCAAGCGCUCGCCGAAGAAGCGUAAGAAGAAGAGCCGGCGGAGGACGGCGGCGGUGACGGUGGCCGGGGAGGGGACGGAGGCGCGGGCGGGCGGGCUGGGCCGCGGCGCCGGCACCGGCACUGCCCGCAAAUCGUUGGCCCCGGGUUGCGCCCGCACCACCUCCUCGAUGCCGCACCUCCUCCUCCAGCAGCAGCAGCAGCGGCAGCAGCGGCACCGGCGCCGCCACCGCCACCAUCACCGGCGCUGCGGCUACGAGCGGCCGAGCUCGAGCGAGGCGGCGCAGUGCGACGUGGUGUACGUGAGCCGCCCCGUCGACCCCCACGGCGACGGUGCCGGCGAAUCCGCGGAAAACGCGGCGGGCUCCGGGAACGACGGCGCCGACGGCGACGACGGUGCCGCCGCGGCGGCUCUCGCGGACGCCGGCGUCUCCGUGGCUGCGCCGGCGCCCGCGCCGGUACCGGCGCCGCCGCUGUCGCCGGUGCGGUGCUACGGAAAGCGCUCGGCUCGCAAGAGCACGCGGGGCCACGUGAGCGGCGCCGGCGGCACGUGGGAGGUGCACACGGUGCGAGUGGCGCGGGCGGCGCUCAUCGGCGUCCCUGACGUCGGGCGCCGGCGCGCGCUCUCCGACAAUAAUAGUCGCUCGCUCCCCAACAACGCCGGUGCCGGAACGGGGACCGGCGGUCACCACCGCCGGCGCACGCCGCCGGCGUCGUGCCGCGACGCCGACGGCGCUCUCUUCCCCGCUGCUGGCGAGCGCCAUCAGGCGCCGUCGGAGAACGAGCCGGGGGGCGGCGGGGGUGGGGAGAUCUCGAAGACGGCGGUGCCACCGGUGCCGGGGGGACCCUCGGAGGACGAUGUGGUGAGAGUGGAGGACGGCGCCCGCGUCGCUCGGCCCCCACCGCGGGCGGAGCGAGGGGCGCGAGCGAGGAUGAGGAGCUGGCGUGGCCUCCGUGCCGGUGCUGGCGCCGCCACCAAUGCCAGGAAGACGGCACGAGGCUCUGGUCUCGUCGGCGCUAGCGCCGAGAUCGCGGCGUCCCCCUCGGCUCGAGCUCCGCCCGCCUCCUCGUGCCAGAUGGUGCCGCCCGAACGGUUAGCCGCCGCCGCUGUUGUUGCCGGUCCAUCGAUGCCGGCCGCCGAGCUUACGGCGACCGACGGUGAUGGCAUCUCCCCGUCGUUCCUCGACCGCGCGGCUCCACCGACACCACCACCACCGGCGGCGGCGGCCCUGGCGCCAACGGCCGAGUCCGGCGAGCCUUCCCAUUUGCCCAGCACAGACUCGCUCGCCGACGCCAACCGCUCUCCCGUCCCACCGGCAUCUCCGGCGGUGAAGGAGGAGUCGGCGCCGCUGGUUAGAGCUGGGACAGAAGUGAAGAGGGAGGAGGAGGAGAGGAGGAGGAGGGGAGGAGACGCGGCACCACCGCCCACGCCGGAGGCAGCGCCAUCUUCUUCCCUGGGAGCCGGCGCUGGGAGGGGGCCGCGGGGAGACGCCGCCUGGCGGCCCCCUGCGAUGGUGCCGAAGCUGCCGCGGCCGCCGUCGCCGCCGUCGUCGUGGUUGGAGGAGGAUGAAGCGAACGCGGCGGCUGGCGCCGUAGCCUUCACCAGGGCGUCCGUUGGGGGCAACGGCGCCGAAGCGGCGGCGCUCCGCGCGCGGGGUCGCAGGCGGCGCCGGGAACCGGCGUCGCCGCACGACAAGAGGAAGAAAUGCCGGCGCAACGAACUUCAGCUGCUGUCCAUGGCCGACACGCGCAACGGGCGCGUGUGGCGCGAUUUCCUCGACUCGGUGGAGACGGUGGCAGCCGUGCCGGCGCCACGUCCCGACGCGGACAUCGUCAGGGCGGCGCGGGGGCGACGGCACGACUCCGGGGAAGCCGGUGGGGGGGUUGGGGAAACCGUGGCGGCGAAGAGGAGUGUGGGGGGACCCCCCUCUCCCCCGGCAUCGCCGGUGCCAAACGACGACUCGGACGAAGACGCGGGCACCCGCGGUGACUUUAGCUCCGAUGAGGAGGAGGAGGAGUUUGAGGAUGAUUACGACGAGUUGGGCGACUACGAUGAGGACGAUGAGGAAGAGGAUGUGGAGGCACUGCUCGCCCGCUGGAUUCCCGCCGAUUGCGCACGGCGCCUGCGAGCGCUCACGGAGCGCUACCACAACAUGGCGGCCGGGUGGGUCACGGCGCCGGCCCAUCCGCCGUCCGCCAGUCGAACCCACGGCUCCGGCGCAGAAGCCGAGCGCGAGCCGAGCACCGCCACCCCGCCGAGCCACGCCACCGGCGCGUGCACGCGCGGGGAUGGCGACACGGGGGCAGCGGCGAGCGGUGCGGUGGACGGAGCGGCGAGCGGCCUGCCGUGCGUGAACGGCGCGUGUGAAGCGAGCGGUGCUGGGGCGAGCGUGGGGAGCGAGUGCGGCGCGAUCGUCGACGGCGCGUGCGGCGCGAUCGUCGACGGCGCGUGCGGCGCGAUCGUCGACGGCGCGUGCGGCGCGAUCGUCGACGGCGCGUGCGGCGCGAUCGUCGACGGCGCGUGCGGCGCGAUCGUCGACGGCGCGUGCGGCGCGAUCGUCGACGGCGCGUGCGGCGCGAUCGUCGACGGCGCGUGCGGCGCGAUCGUCGACGGCGCGUGCGGCGCGAUCGUCGACGGCGCGUGCGGCGCGAUCGUCGACGGCGCGUGCGGCGCGAUCGUCGACGGCGCGUGCGGCGCGAUCGUCGACGGCGCGUGCGACGACGACGCCGACGACGACGACCCCGCGUGCGGCGCGAGCGACUCGGGGGGCACGAGCGCGGCGAGCAGCGCCGGUAGCUCGUGCGGCGUAGACGGCGUAGUUUGGUCAACUCGUGGCCCCGGCGCCGUGCGUCUCCUCUUCAGCCGGCCGCUUCGCGUGUCGGAUGUCCGCCGUUGGUUCCUGGAGCCGACCACGACGACGACCGCCGCCGGCGGCGGCAGUUCUGGCAGCACCGGCAGCUCCGCGAGGCCGAGCGGGACCGGCGCCGAGACCGCGACCGCCCGGCCGGACCGGGGAGCGAAAGGGGGCUCGGCGCGCCGCCACCGGGGCCCACGGGGAUCGGCGCGGGCCCCGCGCAGGCCUCGACGGGACGAGGGGCCGGGGAGUCCCCGGCGUCGCCCGGCCGGCGCCCGCGUCGGCGCCGACGACCGCGUUGGGAAACACCUCAAGAAGUUCGCCGACAACGAGCCCACGUGCCGGGCGGGGGCGGCGGCUGUGCCGGCGGUGCGAGGAGGAACCGGCAGCGACGGUGGCGGCGACGUCGCCGCUAACCGUGGAGGCGACAUCCCCACCGUGGGGCCCACCGAGAUGAGAAGAACGCGUCGGGCGCCGGCAAAUGCCGGGGUCGUCGUCGUCACCGGCAUCCGUGAAGGACUGCGCGGUGCCGAGACGGCGGCGCCUAAGCGCCGGGAGAUGCCAGCAAAGGCCGUGGAGACGGCUGUGCCUGCGGCAGCGAGGGGCGGCAUUGGCGGCGUCAUUGGUGGCAGCAUCCGCGUUGACGACGAUCGGCAAACCGUGCAAUCGGCGGGGCCCGCGAUGGCCACGAGACACGCCGGGAGGAAUGCUUCGCCAGGCGGCGAGAGGAUGGCUCGCGCGAGGGCCCACGGCGCCGUCGAGGAGGCGGACACGGUCCGGCGAGGGGCGCCGGGGGCGGGGCUGGUGCGGCGCUGCGGGAAGCCGGGCGGAGACCGCGGGGUGGGCGGGGGGGGCGGCGUUGGCGACGGCGGCACCAAAACGCAGCGAGGGGACACCGCCAAAACUGCGCGGGAUGCCGAGAAGGCCACGAGGCAUGCUGGUGGAAGGCAGCAUGGCUGGGAGAUUGUGGAACCCUCAGGGGAGUGCGAGGCAUCGCCGCGCAGGCUCACGCGCAAGAGGAAGGCCGAGGAGGAGAUGCUGGCAGCCCACGCUGGCCGUGCCGUCCUCCGCAGGGGGCGGUGA